CCGGUGUGAACGAGGCUCUGACAGCGAGGAGACUCCGUCUGUUGGGAUAUAUUCUAGAUCAACGUAGACCCGUGACCUAUUGGCUUUCCCGCAACGUGAUUAAAGAGCACAUGGCUGUGAGAGCAGCAUGAGAUGAAGGAAGUCAGUGUUUCAUCAUCUCACACAAAUUGUCCUUGAAGUUCUUGGACACCCACCUGUAUCGCAAUCCAUUGAGGUCUCACAACUCAUCAAGUAUACAGAUGACGUCGCUGUUGUCCUGUCACUUACGACCCUGAGGGAGACACAAGGCUGUAGUCAUGUCGCGGACACAACGCACUGCUAGAGAAGCAGGAGAUGCCCCUGCCGUCCCUCUCUAGUUACCACUGCUACAGGACAUCACAGGCUCGAACCAAGUGAUGUCCACAUCUGCAGCAGACAAAGAGGAUGAUCCAACCACUGCUCGUGUCAACAUUGCUCGCCUCUCCCAGAACGAGGCUCUGUCGCUCCUGCAACAGUACAACAGUAUCGUUGUUGAUGACCCCACGGGGCCCCAGACUCUGCCACACAUCAAGAUUGCCAUGAGGUCAGGAGGGGCGAGGGCUGUGCCCGUGAGGGAGAGGAUCACCACAAAAAGUCUGGAAAGAGUUGACAGACCUGGAGCGAUGUAUUUCACUGAAGGUCUUAGUUCGAUCAGUAAAUUCAAGGAGCCUCUUCUGGCCAUGCACAGACGAGACAUUUUAGGUGCUAACAUGCCAGACACGGUCAGGUUAGCCCGUGAAAGAAGUCAUGUUACCAUCGGUGUCAACUCUUACCGUCCUCGUAGGCAGAGACAUGGGCCCCGGGGUCCCAGGAACAUGGGGGUGAAAAGCAUGGUUCUUGAGCCGGGGUCAGUGACAGCAAGUCAGAUAACGGCACCUCUUGUACUGCCCCAGAAUGCAGACAUGACGAAUGCAUGGGAAGAAAGGUCUGUUGGAAACGAGAGCCGGAUUGCCCGGAUGUUAAAAAGGAUUGAAGAGAGGUAUGGAAAGGAUGUGGUUGACCACGCCCUCCCUUCUACUCCAAGUGUCCAGUCCGUGGAGUUUUACACAUCGUCACCGACUGUGACAACACCGGUAAGAACGCCGAGAAGAACUCCGGUUAAGGAAGCAAAACCCACCCAAACCAGCCUCAAGGUAGUGUCCAUUGGACAGUCUCUUUCGGACCUACACCCAAAACCCCGACUCCCUGUGAACAUCCCAAAACAAAGCAAGAACACAAACUAUGAUCAAAUAGAGCGAUACAAACAGCAUGUGACGGAUAAAAAACAGAGUCGGUUUGAGAUCAGAUACAAGGCAAUGAAGGAACAUAAACCUGGACUUCACUUCCCGUACGGGUCAGAGAAAAAGUCAUUUUUCGGACAGGUUAAACCAAAGGCUAGCAUUAAAAAGAAACGUCAGAUAGUUGUAUCGCUUACAGAUAUCACUGGGACCCCAGACCAAGAUGAGGCUGUGUCUGAUGAGGAACGAAAGAAGCCUGAACCAAAGAAAUCACAAAAGGGAACAUUUAAUGUGGAGGGAGUGAAGGGUGUUGGGAAAGAUCAAAGAUUGUGGUCCCCGUCAAGUGUCAGUACAGCAGCAUCAGUAGUCAACCCUCCCCCCAGUGUUGAGGCCGGCCUGUAUGACCUGGAGCUUCCACACACCAGAGACCCAGCAGCUAUGUUUACAGUUGAAGAGGAAGGUGGUGGAGAGACUUCAAGACUACAGGCCCCAGCAGAACAUCUUUCUGACGGAAACGAUUCUACGGUGUCUAGUUCUCUUCUAAGCGUUCCAUUUGUAGCUGCGGGGAAGGAACGUCGUCCACAAGAGGAUUUGAUGUGGGGAGAACGUCCUCCUAGAAGAGAUAACCCCGUGGAUGAAGAUGUUCUAUCCACAUCGAGGCAAGUGCAGCCUUCUUCGGAGGUUAAGGUCACAAACAUUGAACUUUAUCCGGGGUCAGAGCACCGAUCUCGACCUACCAUCAGCGUCAGUGACAGUGACGAGGUGGAGGCUGACAUUCAGAAACAGAAAGAGUCGGGGCCAGAACUCCACAGUAAAGAGGUGGAAUCAAACAUUAAGGUACUGACAAAUGAACACAUUAAGUUAAGUGAUGAGCAUGAUCACGACACAAGGAGUGAAUCUAGAUCCAAGGACAAGUCACCCGCUGUGUCUGUGCACAACCAAAGCAUCACGUUCAUUUCGCCACUCGAGACACAGGCAAAUGCCAAGCGGCAAUAAACCUGAUUGGGCGUAUUCACAGGGUCGUAAUUCAUUUGUGAUGAUGCCAUCGUUUUUGUGCAUCGUUUUUAUGACAGUGAUAAUGAUUCUUUAUGGGACAGGAUCCUGCUGCCUGCACAUGUCACAAUGUGCCUAGAAGUAACAGUCUGCGUGAUGUGGAGUGUUGCAUUGCAAGAGCUAAGAGUAACUUAACUGAUACUAUAUUACAGUAUCAAAGCUGUGAUAGGACAGCGUUAGACACAAUGAUUGUGUAAAUACAGUUGCAUAU